CAACUAAAAAAACAGAGUGUUGUUUUUUAUGUUUCCAAUUUUUCAUAAAAUGAUUCUUCUAAAGGAACAUAAAAAUUUGUUGAAGGUAAUAUUUAAAGAAAGGAGGGAUAAUCUACAACUGACAUGUGAUUAAGCUGGAGUAUGGAGGAUCCGGUGCGCCUUUCCCUAUUGACGAGUCACGUGACACUAGUUUCUUAUAUUUUAGUGCCCAUUUCAGCAACUGUUACAGAUAUCGGAGAUUAGCAUCCUAAGCUUUCAAAAAUGGAUACUAGAAAACUUACGGAAAUAUUUAGGGCUACUCUUGACCCUAAUCAAAGGCAACAAGCUGAAGAACAACUUGUACAGGUACAAAAGAUAAUUGGUUUUGCUCCUUCCCUUCUACAACUUGUUAUGAUGGCUGAAAUCGACAUGCCAGUGAGGCAAGCAGGAGCAAUUUUUCUGAAAAAUAUGAUCACACAGUAUUGGUCUGAUAAGCCAGCGGAACCUGGUCUUCCUCUUCAGUUUUCACUUCAUGAACAAGACAGAUCUAUGAUUAGAGAUUCAAUUGUUGAUGCAAUUGUUCAUGCUCCUGAAUUAAUACAGCCUCAACUUGCUGUUUGUGUUAAUAUGAUGGUGAAGAAUGAUUUUCCUGGAAGAUGGACUCAGAUUGUUGACAAAAUUAGCAUAUAUCUUCAGACUCCAGAAGCGACAGGAUGGUCAGGGGCAUUGCUGUGCCUUUAUCAAUUGGUUAAAAUAUAUGAAUACAAAAAACAAAAUGACCGUGGUCCACUUAUCGAUGCUAUGAACCUUCUGCUUCCUCUUAUUUACCAACUGUGUGUUCGCCUACUCCCAGAUGAAUCUGAACAAUCAGUGCUGCUGCAGAAGCAAAUCUUAAAAAUUUAUUUUGCUCUCAUUCAGUUUGCUCUACCAAUCGAACUGAUAACCCGAGAUAUUUUCUCCCAAUGGAUGGAGAUACUAAGACAGAUUAGUGACCGACCGGUACCUGCUCAUACCAAUCAAGUUGAUGAGGACGAAAGGGCAGACUUACCGUGGUGGAAGUGUAAGAAAUGGGCUUUACAUAUUCUUCACCGUAUAUUUGAAAGGUAUGGUAGCCCAGGAAAUGUUGAAAAGGAUUACAAUCAAUUUGCCGAAUGGUUUCUUAAAACAUUCUCAAUUGGAAUACUUGAAGUUCUGUUAAAAAUAUUAGAUCAGCAUACUAGAAAGAUUUAUAUAUCUCCAAGAGUAUUACAGCAAACUUUAAACUACAUCAACUUGGCUGUAAACCAUGGACACUGUUGGAAGUUUUUAAAGGGACAUAUGUUUGCUAUCAUACAAGAUGUUAUUUUUCCUCUAAUGUCUUACUCUCAGGCAGAUGAAGAGAUGUGGGCCUCUGAUCCAAGAGAAUAUAUCAGAAUUAAAUUUGAUAUAUUUGAAGACUUUGUAUCACCUAUCAGUGCUGCUGCUAGAGUUCUGCAAUCAUCCUGUAAGAAGAGAAAAGAUAUGCUCCAAAGGACCAUGCAUCUUGUAUUGCAAGUUCUUACAUCUAGUGGUGAACCAAGACAGAGAGAUGGUGCUCUUCAUAUGGUUGGUACCCUCGCUGAAGUUCUUUUCAAAAAGAAGCAGUAUAAAGAACAAAUGGAACAAAUGAUGGUUCAGUAUGUUUUUCCUGAAUUCCAAAGUCCUCAUGGGCACAUGAGAGCUAGGGCUUGUUGGGUUCUUCAUUAUUUUAACGAUAUGAAGUUUAAGUCAGAAGAGAAUCUCGUUAAUGCAUUAAGACUGACUACCAAUGCUCUACUCACAGAUGCAGAGCUCCCUGUCAAAGUAGAAGCAGCUAUAGCUUUGCAGGUUCUUCUUAGCGACCAAGAAGACAAAGUUAUGCCUUUGCUAGAACCUCAAGUGAAACCUAUUCUAAUGGAGCUCCUAAAUAUAAUCAGACAAACAGAAAAUGAAGAAUUGACCUCUGUUACUCAAAAAUUUGUGUGCACAUAUCCAGAACAAAUAAAACCAAUUGCAUCUGAAAUAUGUCAACAUUUGGCUACAACGUUCAGUUUAGUAUUAGAAGGUGAUGAAGGGACUGAUGAAAAAGCAAUUACAGCAAUGGGCCUUCUGAACACAAUUGAAAAUUUAAUUUCUGUGAUGGAAGAGCAUCCCGACAUAUUAGCGUCUUUACAGCCAACUGUACUGCAGGUGAUAGGUCACAUUUUUACCCAAGGAGUUAUGGAAUUUUAUGAAGAAGCUCUCUCAUUAGUUUAUGAUUUGACAACAAAACAUAUUUCCCAGGAUAUGUGGAAAGUUUUUGAAUUAAUGUAUCAGGUGUUCGAAAAAGAUGGAUUUGAUUAUUUUACUGAUAUGAUGCCUGCUCUUCACAACUACGUUACGGUUGAUACUCAGGCGUUCCUAUCUAACCAAAAUCAUGUUCUUGCUAUGUACAACAUGUGUAAAAUGAUCCUUACUGGAGAGCCUGGUGAAGAUGCUGAAUGCCAUGCUGCAAAACUGUUGGAAGUAAUUAUUCUUCAGUGUAAGGGACAAAUAGAUCAGUGUAUUCCCUCUUUAAUGGAACUAGUGUUGCAAAGGCUAACACAUGAGGUAAAAACUUCUGAGUUACGUGCUAUGUGUCUACAAGUUGUAAUUGCUGCCCUUUAUUACAAUCCACAGUUAUGGAUAGAGACAAUGGAAAAACUCCAACCCACCAUUUCAAGUUCCGAAUCUAUCAGCGGACAUUUUAUUAAACAAUGGAUCCAUGAUGCUGAUUGUUUCUUAGGGUUACAUGAUAGAAAGCUAUGCGUUCUUGGCUUAUCAACUCUCAUGUCUAUGGGACCAAGCAGACCAAUGGCAGUUAAUGAAUGUGCUACUCAAAUUAUCCCUUGUUUGAUUCUUGUUUUUGAUGGGCUGAAGCGAGCAUAUGCAGCAAAAGCUCUUGAAAAUCAAGAAGAGGAAGAGGAAGAAGAUGAAAGUGGUGAUGAAGAUGUACUUUCUACAGAUGAUGAUGAUAUAGAUGAACAUGGCAAUCAGUACUUGGAGAGCCUUCAGCAAAAGGUAAAUAAAGGCGUAAACUCACUAGAACCUAUGUUUCCUAUCACUUCUUCUAUGCAGGACACUGGUAGUGAAGAUGAAGAUGAAGAUGAUGAAGAUUAUGAGCCCGCUGAGGAUAUGUCUUUGGAAACUUAUACUACUCCUUUAGAUGAAGACGAAUCUGAAAUAGAUGAAUAUGUUAUAUUUAAGCAAGUACUUCAAUCCCUCGAAAGUAGUGAUCCAAUGUGGUACAGUGCCUUGACAUCACACCUUACUCCUGAACAGCGAAAUGCUUUGCGAGAAGUUCUAGUACUUGCUGACCAAAGGAAGGCAGCUGCAGAAAGCAGAAAAAUAGUCCAAAGUGGAGGUUACAAUUUCGUUAAUCAAACUGUCCCCACAUCUUUUAAUUUCGGUGGUAAACCACCAUCUUUAGGUCGGUAAGAUAGUGUAAAAAAGUUGAGCUCAAAAAAUGUAUGGUGAAAAACUGUUCCUCAAAUAAACUUACUGUAGUGUACAUAAUAAAAUAUAUGUAUGGGUGUGAGAGUGUGUAUAUGUUAUAUACUCACCCACACUUGCUCAUACAUAAUGCCUAGCAGUAAGGAUUAAACAUUUUAUAAGUCCAAUAAUGCUUUUAUAAUUUUUUGUAUUUAUGUACCAAAUUUCCAAAAUUACUUAUUAUUUAAAAAAUAGAACUAAUGAAAUUUUGUAUGAUUUUAUUUUUAUUCUUUCCGUACUCUGUUUAAAUUUUUAAGGCUCAAAUUGUAUUUUUCUAAAAUUGUUUUAAAAAUCUGACUAAAACAUUUAAUCAAUAUAGGACAUUAAUUAUUUGCAUGACUUGUUUGGUUUUUAUGUACAUAUUAGAUAUAUUACACGGAAUAAUAAGGAAAAAAUGAUAUUAAAGUUUUUUGUAUUUUAUUUAGAAUAUAAGUAAAUUGUUACUGUUUUGUAAUAAUCUGUAAGUUAUUGUGCCCUGUUAAAUUUUUCUGUUUUUAUUUGAUAGCCUAGUCUUAUCCUUUAAAUAAAUCUUGUAACAGGCCUAAUUGAAAAAUUAUUUAUUUUCAUUUUAUGAUGCAGGGCAUCAUCUCUAGCUGUGCUAUCGAUAGAAUUUUGAAAAUGGAUAAUUUUUAUAAAAAGCCUCUCUUUUAAAAUAUUAGUUUAUGUUUUUAAUAUUGUAAAGAAAAGUCGUCAAGCUAUUUAAUGUUACACAGAAUAGUAUUUGUAAAAGCUGGAUAUUUUUUUAUACUUUUAAUGCCCAUUAUAUAAAAAAAAGUUGUUAUGGUGGUUUUCUUUUGCUUUAAUGAACCAAAGAGUGAACAAAUUACUUUGGAAUUAGCUUGUUUUCAAAUCAAUUUAUUUUAUGGAAUGUAAUAAAAAUAUUAAAAGUUCCUCCUGCUUAUUAAAAAAAAAAGCAUUUAAAUUGAUUUUUCAUAUGGCAUUAUUAGCAUUUGUUAUUGAAGUUAGUGUUAACAGCUAUUAUAUUACAAAUUUUAUAGUAUAUAUAAUUUUAUUUAUUGAAUGUCACAAGUUCUACAUCGAGAUUUUGUUUCAUAAAUGGCUUGUGUUAAUUGUUUAUAGUUAACAUUUUCUACAGUUUCCUCAACAUUCAAAAUGUUUGCUUCUUUCCACCACUUACCUAAAAGAAUAUGUGCCAUUAAUUUAUACAGACUAUUAUUGUAUGAUUUUCGUUAUGUCAAAAUCUGUUACAGUAACUCUUAUUGUGAUGUUAUUUAUUAAGUGCCUUCCACUUUAAUGGUAUCAUUUGUUGUAAAUUCUAGUAAUAAGACAUAAAUUACCAGCUAAUUAUGUUAUCUUGUUCGACCUAUUGACUGUAUUUUCUUUCAAAUAAAUGUACAGAUCAUAAAACACUAUUAGUUUUUAUUUAUUGUUUCAUUACUUAUGUGCUUUAUUGGAUUACCUGCAGUGUAUCUACUCAUUUUAAAAAUUUCAGAUUUUUUGUACUUUCAUAUCUCUAGAUAAGAGGAUAAAUCAAUAAUUAUCCGCAAUGCAGUCUUAUUAGUGUUUCUGUUGCCAACACUGCCAGCUUACGAAGGCGGUGCAUGCAAGGUUUCUUUGUGAUUAUUAAUGUGCUUGUAUCUAGGUUUGUUUCAUUGUCAUUUCUUUUCCAUUAUCCAUGACUGAUCUGCUUUCUGUUUGCAGUGAACAAGAGAGACAUUCAAUCAUUCAAUUUUUUACUGACAGGCUAAAGCCUUCAAUUUAAAGCAAAUGCUGAGGACUACUGUCUAAAGAUAUUGUGUUGUUACAUGACGAUGCCUGUCCACAUAGUGCUGCCCAAACUACUGAAACGCUCCGAAAGCUCAAGUUUGAAGCAAUGGAUCACCCUCUGUAUAGUUUUGAUCUUGCAGAUUCUGAUUACCAUUUGUUUAGUCCACUAAUAGAGGCAUUAAAGGGCCAUCCUAGGACGAAGAAUUGAAAAAAACAGUGCAUUUUUGGCCUGUUUCUCUGCCGAAAACCUUUUCUGAAGCUUUUGUAAAUAUGGACCAAAUGCCUUGUAAAGAAAGGGGCUCCAUUGAAAAAUGUUAAUUUAAGUUUCUUAUUUGUAUUGCAAUAAAAUUUAAUUAUUGACUUAUCCUCAUAUAUGCUCACAUCUCGUCAAAGAUUAGAGCCUUAUAGUGUAAUUAAAUGGUGGUCUUGAAAAGCCAGUUCAUUUUUUUUUCUAUUUGUCUCAUUAUAUUGUCUAUAUUAUUUGAUUUAUCUUUGAUUAUUUAAUGUUGCCUUAAAUUAACAUGUUUAUUGGUAAUGACACAAAACAAUUUUAAGAAUUAUUCUCUUUUUUUCAAAACUGUGAUUUGUUAGUCUUUGUAUGAUUUUCGUUAUGUCAA